AUGGGCAUAAUUACGUGUAAGCCUGAGCGUCGCGAGGCGGAUCGUCAGACUCGUCGCAUCGAUACUCAAAUUCGCAUUGAGAACCAGGCGAACAGGAAGAAGCUGAAGAUGCUUCUUCUCGGCAUUUCCGACGCGGGCAAGAGCACUAUCGUUAAGCAAAUGAGGUACUAGAGAGAUGACGUGGCAGGGGUAGGCAAGAUAAGUUCACAGAGUCAACUACAUGGACGGUUUCAAUGAGACCGAGAUUGUGAACGCCAUUUUCGUGAUCCGCAACAAUAUAAUCGAUGCGUUCAAGUGCAUCGCCAACGUCCUUCUUCGUUCGAACAUUAACGUUUUGGCGGAUGAGAAGGUUUUUCUUCCGUUUUUCAACGCAGUAAAACUCUCUGCACAGACUCUAAUCAAACUGUUCGCCUAUGAAUCAGCUAAAAUUGAGCUGAUGCAGGAGGCUGAUGAACUGAACGUCAUCAACGUCGUUCGUGGCUACGCGUGCAUCAAGGACUUCUUCCUGCGUUUUUCUUCUCACCCGCAAGUCCCUGACAACAUCCACUAGUAACCCUUAGUUCUGAUUAUGGACACUUGCACGUAGUCUUCUUGCAGUUUCUUCCCAAAUUUGGAGAGAAUCGCUUCGGUCAACUACACUCCGACCACUGAGGAUCUCCUCAAUAUGAGGCAAACCACUCUCGGAGUUCAUGAGAUUUCGUUUGACUUCAAACGUCAUACGAUUCGGUGAGCGGUAAUUGGGCGUUGGGGUGACAUUCGUUUGUUGUAGUCUUAUCGACGUUGGAGGUCAGAAGACAGAACGUCGCAAGUGGAUUCACUUUUUCGAGGGCGUCACCGCCGUCAUGUUCGUUUGCUCUAUGGCAUCUUUCAAUCAGACCAUUGAGGAGGAGCCAAAAAUGAUCGCGGUAAGCUAGACUAGCGCAUAGAUCCGUAGAACAAGAAACAUCGCAGCAGGGAGACGAUCGACGCAAACAGUCGACUCCCACUAUACUGCUCUCGGUAGGUGAGACGUCUGGGAAAGAGUUGAUCAGAGCAGUCAGACAAAAUGACGGGAUUUAUAUUUUUUUUAUAUUUCAGUGGGAGUCGUCAUUGAACAAAGUGCAGAACCGAGUGCUCGUUCGUCCAAACGGGAAGGCGAAGGUAGACAAGCCGGGGGUAACCGUUGAGCAGAAGAAAGCGCAUUUAUCGAGCCAACACUUUCAGCAGGUGAACCGUUUGGAUGAGAGUGUCGACUUGUUCAAGUCGGUCCGCGAGAACAACUUCCUCCACAUGUCCAACUUCAUGCUGUUCUUGAACAAGAAGGAUGUGCUCGAGAAAAAACUCGAAAAGAUCAAGUUCUCCCACUUCUUUCCCAGCUACAAGGACUGGAUGACCAACGACAACUCGGUCUCGUCGGUAGCUGAAUUCAUCGAGAGCAUGUUCCGCGAGGUGAUCACUAAAAUAGAACAGAUUAAGGUGGUGGUGUGUGUCAGAAAGUACUACUGGCGGUACAAUUUUUGACAAAAGUGCAUUCUACUGAUACAUUUUUCAAUUGUUUUUGACAGACAGAAUUAUGUUUAGGGCCUGAGCCCGGAUCAUCGUAUUUACGCACACUUGACCCAUGCAACGGACCCGACUAACAUCGACUUCACCUUCGGAUUGUGCUGUGACGUCAUCAUCGAGAAGAACGUGGAUGAUGUUAGCCUCGAGUGAGCUCCCGCGACUUUUGCUUCAAAAUCGAACAAAUUCUUUCUCCUCUAUUCAUUAACCUUAAAUAUUCCACUCGCACAUAAAAACUAUUUCGCAUUCCAUUUUAGUAAUCAAGUUGACUUCGUAACUUCAGAAGAGCUCUUUUCUUUUGAUCGAAUUUGUUUUUUUGUCUCCCAUAUACUUUUCAGUUUUAAUCGCACAAUAAAUAUUUCCGAACAUCCAAACAGAAUUGUGAACGAAAGUGGACAAUCUUCAGAUUGCAUUCUGAAGUAAUCCGGCCAGAAUGUGUACAUGUUCUUGACAAAAGUGUGUCGGACGAUCAAACGAGGUCAUUCUAUGAGGGAAAACGGAAUACAUACGUUCUCUCACCUCUCGAUGGGUUUGCGAAAAACUUGACAAACUUGACUCUCUUCCUCACAACGUUGAUUAUGAGAUGAGAUGCGGAUUUGCUGUGCUAUUUCUCGUUUGCUCCGUUUCCGUAAUUGAUACUACCCAUUAUAGUAAGUGUCGUGUACCGUUUUUUUGCUUUAUCGAUCUUCACUAUUCAGUUAUUUCAAAACAAGAUCUGAAACAGUUAGAUGAAUGGGAGCUCAAAGUUCUCCGUGAUUUUGUUCGCGGUCGAGGGAGGCCAAUUGUUGAACGAAUUCCGAUCGACUUAGAAGAUGACCCAGAUGAUGACGCAGAUUUUGUAUUCAAAGAAAAAGACUCCCAGGUGUAUGAUCUGACGAAUCCGAGUAUGAUUAACCAAGGUGGAAUGUUCUCGGUCAGAUAAAACAGUUGAAGACAAAUGGUUAUGACCACUUUUUAGAUUGAAGAUAAAAAGAAAAGCGGACCACCUCUGAUUCCACCACAACCGAUUACUCAAAUUAUUGUUCCAGCUUCUAGAAGAAAGACAACGUCCGCACCAAAACCACCAAAACCGAGUCCCUCAGAUGACAAGCCUUCAGUUGAAGAUUAUGAGCAACUAGCCAGCGUUAUUCAGGUGUGUUUCUUGUGUUUGUUGAAUAGUGAAAAUAUUCUGAUAAAUCAGAUGUUCAUCGAUAGACGGUCUCACAAACAAAGCGGCGUGAAGACUCUAAGCACAAACAAACCUUCUCGAAAGUCCAAAAUGUCUGAAGAGGUUCCGAAGAAAGAGAGAGAAAAAAUCAAUCUCACUACUCUAAAUUCUCUGCCCGACCAGAUCAUAACGGCUUCAAAAGACAACCAGGAUGUGACGUUUGACACAGACUCUGUAAACUAUCUCAUGCCUAACUAUUAGUACCUUUCGAGUUUCAGAAUAAUUCGAACAAAUGGAAGCCGAUGCAACGGUUCACAAAUGAAGAAAAAACCAUUCAAAACAAGAGGAAGACUACAAAAGGUGAGAAAACGUCGAAAAUAAACGUGAACUUUUGAUUUUUUCUUUUUUCCAAAACUGAAAAAGGCAGACCUUGAUAUCUCGUGUGACUAUUAACAACUCCCCGGUACAAAAUAUCAACUCAUUGUAUGCGGGGGGGCCCUUCGUACAUAUCCCAGCUUUUCACUUUUCAUUGGCAUUGCAAAGACAAAGACGACUGCAUUGCUAGGCCGCGGCGGGAUGAGAGGACGAGAAGGGCCAGAGAAAGACCGUGCCCCGCCGGUUUUCCACAACGCAUCCGCAUUUCUUCCUUCGUCGUCGCGACAAACCAGAAAUCAUUCGGACAUUGUCGGGCUGACGCCGCCGACGCUGCCGCCAUUCACGAAAACUUGCUCCCUUUCAAGACGCGCAUCUCGUGGGUGUACGUUGACGUUUGGGAGGCGAACAACGUAAAACACAGACUUGUUUCGCGCUGAGGGAAAUCAUGCGAUUGUCUUGCGGAGAGGUGUUUUAAACAUGCCUGCCAAGAAUUGAGGAUGAAUGAAUACUUUGAUCGGUUACGUAAAGCACAUAACGGGAGAAGAUUUGAUAAGGAAAUGAAAUGACUUUUUACAGUUGCUGCGCCUAAAUCGAGAGAAGGAUAUGAAGAUCACAUGAAAGAACUGAGCACAAAACUGACAAACAUUCUGAAACAAUUGGAAAGUUCGAAAGCGGAGCGACAACCUCUAGUUCAUGUAUUGAGAAACGUAUGCUCAAAAAGAAGAGGUCCAGCCAGAUGAUUCGGAAAUUCAGGGUUCUGCUGAACAAACGGCCGAUGGACAGUAUGUGUUCAUUGCAACUAUCACACUCGUCAAAGAUGGAGAUAAAAGUAUUCUCGUCGACACCGGACUGGGCACCAAUAUCAAUGCAAGAACAGAACUGAUCCGAUGUAGUCAUGUCUAGUCAUUCUCACUUUUGAUUCUCGAGUUUCAGCUCUCGAAGCACAUGGCCUGAGUCCAGCAGCUGUUGAUAUUGUCGUCAGCACUCACGGACACCCAGAUCACGUCGGUGGUGUUCAUGACUUCCCAGAUGCUCUUCACUACCAUGGCUGGUACUCUCACCAGGGUACAAAAUUCAACCUCACCGCGCUUUUUGAGGUAUAUCUUCUUUGCGGCGGUCGGUUUGAAAUGUAUUUUUUUGGAUUUCAGAAUGAUAGUUUGAACCUGUCUGAGAACGUCAUGCUUGUCAAAUGUCGUGGCCACACAUCGGACGACAUCGCAGUUGUUGUUCGAGAUGUGAAGGGGCGGGGCGACGUACUUGUUUCAGGUUGUUCUAGGGAAAAUACUGUCAGCGAAAGAUUACUGUGAUUCAGGAGAUUUAUUCAUGCGGGGGGAGGACAUCGACCAUCCGAUGAUGUGGCAGCCACUGUCAGCGGAUGUUAUUGCGCAAAGAGACUCGAGAAGGCGCUAUGGCUGCAUCGUGGAUUGGAUUGUUCCUGGCCACGGCAGCAUGUUCCAAGUCACAAACAAUGUUAAGAAAUCUUUAAAAUGUUAAUAAAUUUACCUGUUCUCAGUUCGCUAGACUCCAUUUUCUGAUCUCCGAUUCGUCCGCCUCCAUUGCUAUUCAGCAUCUAGUCAUCGAAACAAUAUGUUUCUUUUCCGGAUUUGUUUCAUUGCCCUAACCCACUUUUGAUGUGUUCUGUGAGCGUCAGUUAUCUGAUUGAUCAAGAACAUUUUGGUGGACGAAAAUCAAUAGCAGGUAGCAGAAGUCCAUUUCACUCUAGUCCGUUAGUGUCCUUAUUUCGAUUUGUCCGCAGAAUCAGGAUUGGCACUUGACUCUUGAUAAGGAAUGAAAGAAGAGGAGACAAGAAAGGGGUAUGCCAGAGAUAAUGCCAAUCGAAGGCUGAUCCUACCAUAUAAAAGGAUGAACGGGUUUCGUUUUCAUAAUUUUGUAUAUUUCUUCUGGACGUUUCAACGUUUCCAUUUGAUUUUCAAUAGUGUGAGUGAGACAAUCGUAACGUAAAACAGUACUCAUUUUCCGAGAACAGAUUUGGAGCGUAGCCUGAUUCACCUUGAAAGUAGGUAGCCGAAAGCAAUCAAUGUUUUGCCCGGAGGAUUCUCGUUGACUCUUAGGGAUGAACGUGUUGACCCGCAUCUCAGUUUCAUUACCCCUCACAGACUCGGACGAUCACUCCCUUGCCGUUUCUUUAUUUCUUGUUUCUUUCGUUCCCGAAGACAAGUAGACGCAAUAACUAGGUUAUCACCAAGAUGCAUCAUCUCUGCAGGGCAAAACGUAGUCUUCAGAAAGUUAAACGACAAGAUCAAUGUUUCAAUAGCCUACAAUAGACGUAUUUUUGUGUUAAACAGUACCUUGCAACACUUAUCCCAACAAUUUUGUUCACUUAGUGAUGAGUGGCAAAAACUCGAUUGUCUGCGCCUUUCAAUCUAUAGCGGAACAUCUCGGCAAGUGAUAAGACACAUCCACUAUUAUGGAUGCGACGACCACUCGCGCCAAUAUAUCGUGAACCCGCUAGGCAGACGUAUGCAAUCCAGUUCAGCGAUUCCUCUUUGCAACUUAAAAUCGCCAAUGGGCUGCCAUUAUUCGUUUUUGUCCUCAUCGCAUUAGUGGUUUGUGGACUUUACCCCUCCAAGCCUACAUGAUAUCGAUAAUAGUUUCCUCCCUGAAAAAGUCCCCACAACUUACUAAAGUGGCAGCCAUUUGAAACUAGACGUGUUUUCAUUCCUACAUCUUCAGAUAAAAUCUUUAUCAGUAAUCUGGAACAAGUUUCUCAGUUCCUAGUCUCAGCCGCCGAAAACUGCUGCAAUCCUUGUCGCCAUCUUCCAAUUAUAUAACAACUUUUGCGUCAAUCGCUCUCCUUUUCUUCGUUAGUUCUUUGCCGAACAUCUCGACCUUCUUUUCAGAUUUGCCGCCGAGAGAUGGGUUCAGCGUGGGAGGAACCAAAAUGCGUUCUGAUAACUGGUGGCUGUGGAUUCAUUGGGUCCAACUACAUCAACUUUAUCUUUAAAAAAUGGAAAAACACAAAGUACGUUUUACAAUUUUUGGGUAUCUGGAAAUUGCGUUGAUUCAGAAUUGUAAACUACGACAAAUUGGCGUUCGGUGCUUCGCCACUGCACGUGGAGAAGGAGAUCAGAGAAUCUCCAAGAUACAAGUUCGUUGAGGAGAAACUUGAGGAUCAGCCAGUUCUGAUCAAAACUCUUCAAGACAAUGAGGUACCUACAAUCGUUAAUAGAUAUUUAGUCAAAAAUUUUGCUUUCCAGGUUGAUAUGGUCAUUCACUUUGCCGCUAUCACCCACGUAGAUGAGUCCUACAGCGACAGAAUCGGGACUAUCCAAGACAAUAUCAUUUCCACCACCACACUCCUCGAGAGCAUUGUUAACAGCCCAUACAAGGGAGUCAAGAAACUUGUACACAUAAGUACAGAUGAAGUGUACGGGGACUCUUUCGCUGACACUACUCCAAAAUCCGAGGCAGCUUCUCUGCCAAACCCAACCAACCCAUACGCCGCUAGUAAGGCUGCCUGUGAGAUGAUCAUCAGAUCUUACUGGGUGAAAAAACAGGGUGAAAAAGAUUAUGAUUAGAAACUGAAAUUUUAGCAUUCGUACAAGCUGCCAUACGUCAUGGUCCGCAUGAACAACGUCUACGGACCACGUCAGAUUCAGACGAAGCUGAUUCCAAAGUUUACCAAGCUCGCUUUGGACGGACAACCGUACCCACUUAUGGGAGACGGACUUCACACCAGGUUCAAUUAAAAUAAUGGUCACUUUUGAAGGAAAACAGUUUUCAGAAGUUGGAUGUACGUUGAGGACUGCUCGGAGGCCAUCUCUAGAGUGGCUCUUGAAGGAAAACUAGGAGAAAUUUACAAUAUCGGAACCGAUUUUGAGAUGACCAACAUCGAGCUCACCAAGAUGAUCCACAGCACCGUCAGCAAGCUGCUGAACAGGUAUGCAUGCAGUUCCUUUCUAAAGAUUCGAGAGAUCCGUGUUCAGAGAGCCAACAUCUCCAACGUUCGCUCCGAUUCCGGAUAGACCAUACCACGACCGCCGUUACUACAUUGAUUUCUCAAAGAUCCGCAAUGCGAUGGGCUGGCAGUGCACCACUCCGUUCAGCGAGGGACUCAUGAAGACCAUCGAGUACUACGUCAAGUUGCACGUGUCCACCGCCCGUAUCCAGGGUUAG